UUUAAGAGACUCGUGUAUUUGUUAUGUUGGAGCGACUUUAGCUAACAUUUCCUGAUGUGUUUUGUGUUUCGUUGUAUUUAGGUUAGUAGUUAUAAUAGUCAAAAUGUUAAAGGUUGAGGAAUUUUCACACUUUCCGCUCCAGAUGUGGGAAAGGGUGUUGUCGAAGGUAAAGAAAGCUGUUGUUUUCAUGGAUGACAAGUGUGCAGAGGCUCUUCACUGGAGCGGAGGGGCUGCCGUCUUAUUGGAGGCUGGAGCCAGAAAUGUCAAGCAGUUUUCAAGCUUCGAAGCCUGCGGUGUAAAUGAGCCCAAAGCCGUCUUUGUGGUGAGCACUUUGCUUAAAGGGAGAACUGUCGACAUAAUUAAAGACAUCAUAUCUCUAAGUCACUUUCAGUACUGUGUUGUCUUCACCACUGUUGCUCACUCCGUGCACCUCCUUGCCAACAAUGUCACAGCAGAAAUGGAAGGUAAUCCGGUAUUUGAGCAGUUCGAAGAAAAACUCUGUGAGUGGAUGGGAAACAUGAACUACACUGCAGAAGUCAUGCAUGUGCCUGUGGUCUUCGCCCCUGUGUCACAGCAGCUCAUCGUUAUGCCAGCGUUUUCACACCUGUUUCCUCUUCUGUCACCAGACCUGGACACAAUAAAUGCAAAACGACCGGAAAAGAAGAGAUUUGUAAACUUCAAUGACAUAGAUAUGCACGCUCUCCCUGCUGAACUGCAGAUUGAAGUCAAAUCCCUGGUUUCAGCAUUGAACUCAAUGUUCGAAGCCACUGGUACGAGAGAAGAGAGCUUUGCUGUGGGUUCGUUGAGCCGAAUCAUAGCAGGGGACUUGGCCAAUCAUCCUCAAGCAAAAAGCCGUAGGAAGACUGCUCCUAAUAAAGCAUCGAUCAUCUUUGUGGACCGAACAAUGGAUCUUACAGGGGCUGCUGGCCACCAUGGUGACAACUUGGUUGAGAAGAUUCUGACUGUGCUAAAACCUUUACCUGGCCAUGUGACAGAUGUGCAGGUGGACAUGCUGGAACUGACAAGUCUACAGCAAACCUCUCACUCCCAGAACACCGUGGCCCCAGGCUGUCUUGCACAGACUCAGUCAGCUGCAGCAAGGUCACUGUGGGAGGCAAUGCUGACCAGUAAACAUAAAGAGGGGGUGAUGGAGGUUCGUCGGCACCUGGUGGAGGCAGCCAGCAAAGAGAAGCUGCCAGUCAAGAUGAGCAUGGGCCGUGUGACCCCAGAGCAGCUGUGCUCCUACAUUAAGCUGUUCCGGAGCAGUUGGGGGGCGCUACAGAGUCACUGUGGGGUGCUCCAGCUGGGCCUGGCCACAGCCCAGGCAAUCCGCCACCAUAGCCUGCCCCGCUGGGAUGCCUGCCUGGCCUUCGAGAGGCUGCUGCUGCAGGCUCUCGGGGAUUCUGAUUUCCCUGCUGUGCUGAGGCAGCUGCUGCCCUUGAUGAAGCCCUGCAGAGGCGAGGACAGCUCGUCCUCUGGGUCGAGGCUCAAGGAGGAGUGUGGGCCCGAUGAGCUGAUCCUCCUGUUGGUCUAUCUUUAUUCCCUGGCUGGCGAGGCCCAGCGCAUGGAGCGGGAUGCCAAGGAGGAGCUGGAGAAGCUGGAGAGGGAGCUGAUAGGAGCGCUCACCCUGGUCAUCACACGAGAGAAAAAACUCAGCCCUUUGCUCCAGAAAUUCACCGGUUGUGCAAACCCUGAAGAGCUGACCACAGAGCGAGUCCAUUCUGCAGUGGAGGAGAUGUUCAAGACCCUCAGAGGUUUGAGCCACACCAGAGACCAUCUCAAGCAGCUGCGCUCGGUCUACACCGCCAGUGAUGGAGUACAUCAGGCUGCCUACCAUCCCUUCCUGCGUCAGAUCCUGGAGGAAGUCUUCCACCCGGACCGACGGGAAUGUCCCGACAUCGAACACAUGUCAGGAGGCCUCACAGACCUGCUGAAGACCGGUUUCAGUAUGUUCAUGAAGGUGAGCCGUCCCCAUCCGAGCGACAACCCUCUGCUCUUCCUCUUCCUGGUCGGUGGAAUCACACCCUCAGAGCUUCGUUUCAUCAAAGAGACCAUUAACACACACAAACCAGGAACCCAGGUGCUGGUUCUCUCCACCCGCUUACUAAAACCAACAGAUAUCCCCAUGUUGCUCUUCUCCACCCUAAGACUAGCGCCUGAUAUCGGCGUCUAAAAAAGGGUUGUCACAUGGGAAAAACACAAGCAUGAGCAUGCGGAUGCACAUGUUUGGCAAAUGUCGGGACAAUCAGGUGCGAGUUGAGAAAUUAGAUUGUGUUUAAAUCAGCGAGGGGAGGAAGAUCAAGGAGGUGAAGUAACAUUCCUGUCCCGUGCAUCAACAAAAGCCACCUUUUCUGAGCGCAAAGUGUAAAAUUUCAAACAGAAUGUUAAACAAAACAAUAAAGUCCGUUACUUUCAGACACCCACGUGUGAUGUCUUUAUUAGCUGGUUUUCUGCCAUAUGUGUGGAGAUGGGAGGGCGUGCUGCAGCUAAUACACAAAAAGUG